GUGGCUCCGGGCCGGGGGGCCUGGUGGCGGGGCUGGGCGAGGCAGAGCCGGGGCGGGGCGCGAGACUGCAGCUGGAUGGCCGGGCCCGCCCGGAGCGCUGCAGCUGCCGCCGCCGCCACCGCUGCCACCGCACGCACCUGGCAUGCCUGGAUGUUCCUGCCCUGGCUGCGGUAUGGCAGGCCGAAGGGUCCUCUUCCUCACUGUCCUUGCCCUGGAGCUCUUGGGAAGGGUUGGAGGUUCUCAGCCAGCCCUCCGGAGCCUGGGGGCCGCAGCUGCCUGCCGCCUGGAUAAUAAAGAAAGCGAGUCCUGGGGGGCUUUGCUGAGUGGGGAGCGACUGGACACCUGGAUCUGCUCCCUCUUGGGCUCUCUCAUGGUUGGGCUCAGUGGGGUUUUCCCCUUGCUGGUUAUUCCCUUGGAGAUGGGGACCAUGUUGCGCUCAGAAGCUGGAGCCUGGCGACUGAAGCAGCUGCUCAGCUUUGCCUUAGGCGGACUCCUGGGCAAUGUGUUUCUGCACCUGCUGCCAGAGGCGUGGGCCUACACCUGUAGCAACAGCCCCGCCACUGGCUUGGCAUGGCCUGUUAGUGCUCCCCCUGCAGGUGAAGGACAGAGUCUGCAGCAGCAGCAGCAGCUGGGGUUAUGGGUCAUCGCCGGCUUCCUGACCUUUCUGGCACUGGAGAAGAUGUUCCUGAAUGGCAAGGAGGAGGGCCCCAGCCAGACCCCCAGCAAAGACCCCACUGCUGCCGCGCUCAAUGGAGGCCACUGUCUGGCCCAGCCGGCUGCAGAGCCCGGCCUGAGAGCCGUGGUCCGGAACCUCAAAGUCAGUGGCUAUCUCAACCUGCUGGCCAACACCAUAGACAACUUCACCCAUGGGCUGGCUGUGGCUGCCAGCUUCCUCGUGAGCAAAAAGAUUGGGCUCCUAACCACCAUGGCCAUCCUCCUGCAUGAGAUCCCCCAUGAGGUGGGUGACUUUGCUAUCCUGCUCCGGGCUGGCUUUGACCGAUGGACUGCAGCCAAGCUACAGUUCUCUACAGCCUUGGGGGGCCUUCUGGGGGCCUGCUUCGCCAUCUGUACCCAGUCCCCCAAAGGAGUAGAGGAGACAGUGCUCUGGAUCCUGCCCUUUACCUCUGGAGGCUUCCUCUACAUUGCUCUGGUGAAUGUGCUACCUGACCUCUUGGAAGAAGAUGACCCGUGGCACUCCGUGCAGCAGGUGCUGCUGCUCUGCUCGGGCAUUGUCGUGAUGGUGCUGCUCUCCCUGCUCGUGGAGUAACCGUUCCUGACGUCCCACUCCGCAUAGCAAGCAAUAAGAGAACCAACUUGUCCUGUGACUUUGUGUGUGAGAGGCAGAGGGUGAAUGCUAGAACCAGCCUCCCUGGACAAGGAGGGCGUGGUGUGCACGUGCAGCCAGAUGUGUGCGAGACCGACACUGUGAUCCCUGUGUGCGGAGCCCAGAGCAGCACCUGCCUGCCACCCCACUGUCACAGAACAGCAGGAGUGACAGCACUGGUGCCAGCUCAGGCCUCACCUCUCAAAGAAAGCGGCCCAUGGGGCUCGGGCUACAGGGAAGCCCAGAGUUGUCCCUCCUGGGCCUCCAUCCAGCCCAACAGCCCAAGAGUAAUUAAAGCUGUGCUCGUACAUCCGGGCCCCAAGCACCUUAGAGGUGGAGGCUGCACAGCUCUUCCCUGCUACCCAUUUCCCCAGGCCUUCCUGCACCACCUCUACAGCCAAAGAAAGGAGAGGGUGCUCUGCAGCCCCAGCCCCACUCAGCACUGAUACCCUACCCUUCCCCAGCACUGAGCAGGCGGCCUCUCCAGGACCUCCUCCCGGGCUGCCAGUCUGGCUAGCUCAUGCUUCCCUAGCAAAUGCUCCUGGGCCUCACAGGCAGCUCUCACCACCUCUAACUGCCAAACAGCAGUCUGCAAGGCAGCAGCAAGUCGUCCUCAGGCAAGCAGUCUCCUAGUGUGACUCCAGGACGCUCCUGCCAGCACAGGGUCCAGCAGACAUGCCCAGGGCAGAGAAUGAGCCUUGCUGCCCUUCCCUGCUCAGGCCCCUUGUCCUUUGGGUUGAGAGUAAGGUGGGGGUGGUGAGGGUUCCACAUUGUCAGUGCUCAGGAAUGUGAACUGGGAGAAUGCUGAAGCCAUAAUCCCCAAGCGUUUCCCUUGGCUGACAUCCAGGUACUCAGCUGGCCCACUCCAGCCCUGCUGCUCAGCUGUGGGCGUUAGAGAAGUGGCCACUGACGAGUCUGAAUGAUUCCAGAGCAGUUAUGCUGUGGUUGUCUUUAUCUGUAAAUACCUGUUCUAUAGAUAUAAAUAAAUAUUGCCUAGACUGCU